AAUCGGGAUCCGUUACCGCUUUCCCGGCAGCCGCCAUUGUCGCGCUCGGAGCCCCUCAGCUCAGGCGGCCGAGGCGGAGGCAGCGGCGGCGGGAUGGCGGACGCCAACAAGGCCGAGGUGCCCGGGGCCACUGGUGGCGACAGCCCGCACCUGCAGCCCGCGGAGCCGCCGGGCGAGCCGCGGCGAGAGCCGCACCCCCCGGAGGCGGAGAAGCAGCAGCCGCAGCACAGCAGCAGCUCCAAUGGCGUUAAAAUGGAGAAUGAUGAAUCAUCAAAAGAAGAGAAAUCUGACUUAAAGGAAAAAUCUACAGGAAGUAAGAAGGCCAAUAGAUUUCAUCCUUAUUCAAAAGACAAGAAUUCGGGCACUGGAGAAAAGAAGGGUCCAAAUCGUAACAGAGUUUUCAUUAGCAACAUCCCAUAUGACAUGAAAUGGCAAGCUAUUAAAGAUCUAAUGAGAGAGAAAGUUGGUGAGGUUACAUACGUGGAGCUCUUUAAGGAUGCGGAAGGAAAAUCAAGGGGUUGUGGUGUGGUUGAAUUCAAAGAUGAAGAAUUUGUAAAGAAAGCCCUAGAAACUAUGAACAAAUAUGAUCUUAGUGGAAGACCCCUUAAUAUUAAAGAGGAUCCUGAUGGAGAAAAUGCUCGUAGGGCAUUGCAGCGAACAGGAGGAUCAUUUCCAGGAGGACACGUCCCUGAUAUGGGAUCAGGGUUGAUGAAUUUACCACCUUCCAUUCUCAAUAAUCCAAACAUUCCUCCUGAAGUCAUCAGUAAUUUGCAGGCCGGUAGACUUGGUUCCACAAUUUUUGUUGCCAAUCUUGACUUCAAAGUUGGUUGGAAGAAGCUAAAGGAAGUGUUCAGCAUAGCUGGAACUGUGAAGCGGGCAGAUAUUAAAGAAGACAAAGAUGGCAAGAGCAGAGGAAUGGGCACUGUCACUUUUGAGCAAGCAAUUGAAGCAGUUCAAGCAAUUUCUAUGUUCAAUGGGCAGUUUUUAUUUGAUAGACCUAUGCAUGUGAAAAUGGAUGACAAGUCUGUUCCUCAUGAAGAGUACCGUUCACAUGAUGGUAAAACACCACAAUUACCACGUGGUCUUGGAGGCAUUGGGAUGGGACUUGGUCCGGGUGGACAGCCUAUUAGUGCCAGCCAGUUGAACAUAGGUGGAGUAAUGGGAAAUUUAGGUCCAGGUGGUAUGGGAAUGGAUGGUCCAGGUUUUGGAGGAAUGAAUAGAAUUGGAGGAGGAAUAGGGUUUGGUGGUCUGGAAGCAAUGAAUAGCAUGGGAGGAUUUGGAGGAGUUGGCCGAAUGGGAGAGCUGUACCGUGGUGCGAUGACUAGUAGCAUGGAGCGAGAUUUUGGACGUGGUGAUAUUGGAAUAAAUCGAGGCUUUGGAGAUUCCUUUGGUAGACUUGGCAGUGCAAUGAUUGGAGGGUUUGCAGGAAGAAUAGGAGCUUCUAACAUGGGUCCAGUAGGAUCUGGAAUAAGUGGUGGAAUGGGUGGCAUGAACAGUGUGACUGGAGGAAUGGGGAUGGGACUGGACCGGAUGAGUUCCAGCUUUGAUAGAAUGGGACCAGGUAUAGGAGCUAUACUGGAAAGGAGCAUCGAUAUGGAUCGAGGAUUUUUAUCGGGUCCAAUGGGAAGCGGAAUGAGAGAGAGAAUAGGCUCCAAAGGCAACCAGAUAUUUGUCAGAAAUCUACCUUUUGACUUGACUUGGCAGAAACUAAAAGAGAAAUUCAGUCAGUGUGGUCAUGUAAUGUUUGCAGAAAUAAAAAUGGAGAAUGGAAAGUCAAAAGGCUGUGGAACAGUCAGAUUUGACUCCCCAGAAUCAGCUGAAAAAGCCUGCAGAAUAAUGAAUGGCAUAAAAAUCAGUGGCAGAGAAAUUGAUGUUCGCUUGGAUCGUAAUGCAUAAUUUCAAGCCAUGGUUGGAACAUUCCUACAUCUGUUUUGCUGAAUCUCCUAGUAAAAGUCAUUUUUUUAAAGUAAUAUUGUAUGCUUACAAAAGCUGUAAAAAUGAACUUUUAAAACUCCCACCAGCUUUUAACAGUAUAAUGUUAAAAAUAUACUGUAAUUUUUGUUAAUCUCAAGUUUGGGUUUUUAAAGACAGCAAGUCUGGUCAUUCAGUUUAAAUGAAUGGUUAUACUGUUUUUAAUGAAAUAAGCCAUUUUCUUGUUGUUUUCAGUACUACAUAGUUGGAUAUGUUUGUUCUAGUUUCUCCAGUUUUUGUCAACUUAUUGUAUGGUAAAACAUAGAUUUUUUCCCCCCAAACUUCUGUUUUAUAAUAUGUAAUUUUUCAUGAAAAGAAAGGGCUCAGAAAAAUUAGGAUGUGAUUUUGGUUGGUUUUAAAUUACUGUAAGUAAGUUUUAGAUUCUAAGGUUCAAGAUUUUUAAAAUUUGAUUUAAAUGAAGAAAUGGAUUUUUCUCUCUGCCCCUCCCUGCCAUUCAUAUUUUCUGCAUAACACUAUUAAUAAUAUCAACCUCCACAGCCCCUUAUUUUAUUAUUUCCAAUAAUUCCAAGUUCAUAUAGAACUGAUAAUGUAGCAAGCCCCAAGUAUGAUAAUAGGCAGACUAUUCCCAACUUUCUGUCUAGUUUCCAGCCAUUGAAGUGAACUGCUAAAAAAAGAAAAAUAAUUGAAAUGUUGAGAGAGAUGGUUAUGUAAGUUAGUCCUCUGCUGUUUACUUCUGCAGGAGCUGAUCCAUUUAUAAAUGCAGUUUUAAUAAACCAUGGAAUACCAAGGCACAACAUAUCAAACACAUUGGAUCCCACGAUGUUAGACAUAGCCAUAUCUCCUUUCCCUACAGAAGAAAAGCAUACUGUUAAAAUGUGCUUACCAAUACUGUGUUUUAUUAAUAAUCUUCAUAAGAAAAGAAACACUGGAUACUUUUUUGUUGUUGAUUCAUUUUGAAAAAUUGUUGUUAGAGCAAAAGUCUUACUGAAUUUGUAUUUUUAAAUUUUUCUUGGGUUAGUAUUUAAAGUCUUAACAUUUAUUUAAUAAUUAUAUUUAUUAAACCAUUUUUCAAUAAGGUA